UAUUUCAGCCUAUCAAGAAAGAAGAUAGUGUACUAUACCAGUUUUGAUCAGCGGCAACGAGCAAAUGCAGCAUUUUUAAUAGGUGCAUAUGCUGUAAUAUACUUGAAGAAAACACCAGAAGAAGCUUACAGAACGCUUUUGUCUGGAUCUAAUCCACCAUAUCUUCCAUUUAGGGAUGCUUCAUUUGGGAACUGCACGUACAAUCUUACGAUCUUGGACUGUUUACAGGGAAUAAAUAAGGCCUUGCAGCAUGGAUUUUUUGACUUUAAGACAUUUGAUGUGGAUGAAUAUGAACACUAUGAGCGAGUGGAAAAUGGUGACUUCAACUGGAUUGUUCCAGGAAAAUUUUUGGCAUUUAGUGGCCCGCACCCAAAAAGCAAACUUGAAAAUGGUUAUCCUCUUCAUGCACCUGAAGCCUACUUUCCCUAUUUCAAGAAACAUAAUAUCACAUCAAUCAUUAGACUAAACAAAAAAAUUUAUGAGGCAAAGCGCUUUACUGAUGCUGGUUUUGAGCAUUUUGACUUGUUCUUCAUAGAUGGAAGCACACCAAGUGACAGUAUAGUUCAGAGGUUCCUGAACAUCUGUGAAAAUGCCGACGGUGCUAUUGCUGUGCACUGUAAAGCUGGUCUGGGGAGAACAGGAACACUAAUUGCCUGUUAUAUAAUGAAGCACUACAAGUUCACACAUGCUGAAGCUAUUGCUUGGAUAAGAAUAUGUCGACCAGGCUCAAUUAUAGGACCCCAGCAACAUUUCUUGGAAGAGAAGCAAGCAAUGUUAUGGCUGGGGGGGGGGCCCUUCCGAUCACAACAGAAAGCUGAUGGAAACAUUAACAGAGUUCUUUGUGGCUUGAAUGACAUUUCAAUCAGUGGUAGCUUGAAUAAAGUGCAAGACUUGGAUCAAUACAGGGAGAAUGAUUUUGAAGACAAAGCAGAUGUGGAAACUCAGAAUGGCAUGACGCAGGGAGAUAAGCUUAAUGCCUUAAAAAGUCGGAGACGGCCAUGUUCUGCUACAACUGGAGCUCUGAGGCUGCAAGACAUGAAACUGCACACCAGGUCAAUAUCACAACCUUUCAGACUGAAUACUUCAGGUAGCACAGAAGGAUCCAUGUCUCCUCUGAAGGCCUCCAAAGUGACAGCGGUUAAUUCACCAUCUGCAGAAAGAAUAAGCAGAAUUCCCACAUCCUCAGGCUCUAACCUUAAAAGCAUUUCCAUAAGCUCCAGACUAGCCAGUUCUCUAGGGAACCUGUAUGCUGCUUCAGAUGAUGAUGAGAGCAAAAUGACAUCAUGGUCCUCUAGGACAGGUUUUUGUGUAAACCAAAGCUCCAGGCACUUGAAUGGCAGCUUGCAGCUGCCUCAUAGAAAUAACCAUGAACUGAACAACAACUUAUACAACAGAAACAGCAGUAGUGGCAACAACCUGAGCAACCAAACCAGUUUUAACAGCGCUGUGACAGAUGAGUUCGCAUCAACCUUCCUUUAUGGGCCUUACAACUCCUCCACCACGAUCCAAGAGUCAAUAAAUUCCUUCCCUUCAGUCUGA